AUGGAUGCUGGUCAGGAGAGCAUGCGUGGUAUCGAGACCCUGGCUAGGGCAGCAGGCGGCCCCGACCCAUCUGUCGGAAAUGAUGAGUGGCUCCCUUCGCCGAAGGCUGCAGGACCAACACCAGCGGGAAUGGCAGAAGCCAUACGUGUGCGAGCCGGUCCCCACUGCCCCCGCGGCGCUGUCACCAUCAUCCUAAGGCCACUGGAGCAGCCUCGGGCGCUGCUGCCUGGGAUCCGAGCCCGGGGUGCGUCGGGCUCGGCAGGCUGGCACUCAGACCCAGCGCGCAGGAUGGCAGGCAAGAAUAGCACAUUUCAAACCUACAAGAAAGAAGAGGGCCUCCCAGGUCAUCCGUCUCUUCUGGAUCUUACUCAAAUACACUCUGGCCCCUGGGCCAUUCUCCAAGAUCCCAUCUGCUGUGAGUGCUAGACCAGAUUCGGGGGCUGCCUACCUGUACCAAGAGCAGCAGCAGCACUGCCUUACUGGGUUCCUCUGUCCCUGAGACCCCGAAAGGAGGUAGGGGACUUGAACCAGGAGGUAUUCACCAAGCCCCGCUGGAUACAUGUUCCUCGCACAACUGCUGGCGGAUCUGUGGUGACGGGCGCCUGCUGCCCUAAUGGCUACUCCAUGCCCCCUACCAGGACGAGCUGCUGGCUUCUCCAGCACGCCUGCUGCCCCUCAGCUUCCUGUCCCUCCUCCAGGCCAUCCCGAGGGUCAUCGUGGCCAUUCGGUGAGCAGGUGGGGGAUGGGGGACAGCGGGUGGCCCUCGGAUAGAGACACCCACCUGAGGGAGGUUUGGUGGCCAUCAGGGACAUGGGAGAGUGGGGGGCGGGGGUUAGCUUGACAGGCGCCAGAGGCCUGGCACUGUGAGUGUGUCCUGUGGCAUUCUGCACAGCACAGGCUCUGUCCUAUCUCACCUAGAGAUGUCAGGGCAGGCUGGGAGAAGUGGGGGCCUCGUGGGGCAUUUCCACAUUUCUCUUUUCACCCCUUCCCUGUUCCCAAGUUCUAAAGUGGCCCUGCUCCCAGAAGGACAGGGGUCCCAGUUUCCAUACAUUUCCAUUGUUAUGUUGGGAUUGGCGAUGCAUCUUAACGGCUACUCGCCCUCCAGCCUGUGAGGCCUGGGCACCCCGUCAGGCAUGGGGACUUCCUGCCUGUCCCCAGCUUGAGCCCUGACUGCCAGGCUCCAUACUAGAAGGUCCCUUUCCCAGGUCUCUAGUCCCUGCCCUCACCCAGGCUUCAAGUUUUGCCUCUGACACCUUUGCUUCCCACAGCCAUAGCUUCCUGCUGGGAUACCUCCCCCAGAAAGCCUCCAUGGCCACUCCUGUGAUCAAGAGGCAUCUGUGACAGCUGCUGUUUUCUCAUGUAACAUAAUCCACGCCCAGAAUUCAACCCAAAUUAUUUAUCAUUAGGCGAUUCUUGGUUGUAGUGGCAUUCAUGUGAAUGUGGGUGAGAUUCUGUUAUGAAUGUGGUCAAUAGAUGCUAUUUGUGAAACUCUAAA